CCCAUCCUGCUCCAGUGAUCUCCAGCUUUCUUCGCCCUCCCCUCUUCGUCUUCACUCUCCCUCCUCGUUUGGGGCCGGUGUAUUGAAAAUAAAUCCUUAUCUCUUGAAACAAUUGUCUUUUUAAACACGGGACAACUUCACCAGAGGUUUAAUGUCACGGCGCGACAGAAAAUGGAACUACCACAUAAACUCCGCUUGGACCGGUGGCCGAUUUUGGCGGCAGCAUUGUUAUUACUACCUGCGUUGACGGUGCUGUGUAAUGACAUCCUCAGCCUGAAGGUGGCAGGAGAGCCAGUCCUAACCCCCAACUCGGUGUGCCUGCGCCUGGCCGGCCUGAGUAAGCGUCAGCUGAAGAUGUGCGUGCGACGACCCGACGUGACGGCCUCGGCCCUGCAGGGCAUCCAGGUGGCUAUCCACGAGUGUCAGCACCAGCUGCGGGACCAGCGGUGGAACUGCUCGUCCCUGGAGGCCCUCGGCAAGCUGCUGCACCACAGCGUCAUCCUCAACAGAGGUUUUCGUGAAAGCGCCUUCUCGCUGGCCUUGUUAGCGGCGGGCGUGGCGCACUCGGUGGCCUCGGCCUGCAGCCUGGGCAAGCUGGGAGGAUGCGGCUGCGAUGGCAAGCGUCGGAGGGAUGACGACGAGCUCAUGCGAUCCAAACUGAUGCGGCUGCAGCUGCAGAUGCUGCAGAAGGCCGGCCUGCCCACGUCCGGCCGCCUGGAUCCGACCUCCGCCCAGCGCUUCAAGCCUUUUCCCCACGAGCUCAGCUCCAUGCAGGAGACUUGGGAGUGGAGCGGCUGCAAUCAUGACUUACGUUUUGGGGAACGCUUCUCCAGGGAGUGGCUGGACUCCCUGGGGUCCCCGAGAGACAUCCACGCUCGUAUGAGGAUACACAACAAGCGAGUGGGACGGCAGAUCGUCGCCGACAACAUGAAGAGGAGGUGCAAGUGUCACGGCACAUCAGGGAGCUGCCAGUUCAAGACCUGCUGGCACGUAUCUCCCGAGUUCCGGCUGGUGGGUUCAAUACUCAAGGAGAAAUUACUCUCGGCCGUCCUGGUCAACUCCCAGAACAAGAACAGCGGCGUUUUCAAUCCACGAAUCGGCAACGUGGGCCGCAGGAGGACCGGGAGCUCCAGAGGAGGUCGCGGCGGCGGCGGCGGCCGGGGCGGCUUGUCCAGAGAGUUGGUGUACUUUGAGAAGUCGCCCGAUUUUUGCGAGCGUGACGCGGCCGCCGACUCUCUGGGCACGCACGGGCGCGUUUGCAACAAAAGCAGCCCGGGCACGGACGGCUGCAGCUCGCUGUGCUGCGGCCGAGGACACAACAUCCUAAAGCAGAACCGCGGCCGGCGCUGCAACUGCACCUUUCACUGGUGCUGCUACGUUCUGUGCGACGAGUGCCGAGUCACCGAAUGGCUCAGCGUCUGCAAGUAGACCAAGUGGUACGCUUGGACGCUUUCUUUUCAGUCGACACGCACUGUACAUUUAUAAAUCUAUUUUUAUUAAUAUUAUUACUGUGUUGUCGCUGUGCUGGUGGACAGAACAGCGUGAUUGUCUUCUCUUCUAAUGCUCUUGAAUUUUUGCUCCAUGUGGACCUUGUGGUUUUAGACAACAUGACAAGAACUUUUUUUUUUGUUUUCCAUAUUUUUGCGAAUUGAGGAUCCGUUUGACUUUUCACAGAUAUUGAAGGACUUUGCUGAUUUACUUGAGCAAUGGCGUCAUGGCAGAUGUGGCUCGUGACAACAGUAGGGGACUAAAUCCAGAGCGAGCUCUUGUUUCUUUGUAUAAGAAUCACCAGAAAAGCAAGAGGACAGUUUUUUGCUGUUUCGGGAGGAUCACGCAAGGUGUUGCUAAGACGGUUGCAGAGUGGCAACAUCCAUCUGUCCGCUUUCGAAAAACACCAGAUGAGAUUGGCCAUCACUCAAAAACUGUUUUUCUUUAUAUUUGUAAUGUAUUUGUGAUACCCAAACACAUAUUUCACACAAGAAAAAUAGCAACUACGAUGAAAAAAAAAAAUGGUGCAAACUUGGGGAAACUCGUUUUGGCCUCCUGAGGAAUGUCACUGAAUUGGCAACAUUGCCAGCUUGGUUUUGAGUGACACUGAACGCUAUGGAAUGAUAAAGAUCUGGAUUUUUGGUUUGUGCUGAA